GAGUCGCCUCGGUGUUGGCGUCAGCACGCAGCAAACGGUUUAAUAUCUGUGCGUUAACGGACACGUUUGUCGUCGUCGUCGUCGUCGUCGUCGUCGGCGUUCUUGUUGUAGCGGCUUUUGAUGGUGGUAGUGGUGGUGGUGGUGGUAGAAAAUCGACUUUGCCGUGGUAAAAGUCCCCCAUAUAAAAGGUAACUUUCACGGACGCGUGCUAUCGAGUAAAGUAAGUUAAUGCUUCGACCGAGGUUUUUUUUACGAAGGACAGAUAACGAAGGAUAAAAGAAGUUAAGUUUCUAAUUCGUAAAGAAGUCCUUCAGUUAAGGACGGAGAAAGUAAGAAGUAGAAGAAAAAGUAAUAGAAGUAGAAGAGGUAGAAGUAGAAGAAGAAACAAAUAUGUCUACGAAAACGAGUAAGAAAACGUCUGGAACGGCGUCGGCAACUAAUACGAGUGGCGUACAAACACCACCGCCACCUCAAACGUCCACGCCUAUCGGCGGUGGACAAAGGCCUGGUAGUCCAUUAAGUCCAACGCGUUAUUCUCGUUUACAAGAGAAACAGGAUUUACAAAAUCUGAACAAUCGUCUCGCGUGUUAUAUUGACAAGGUGCGGCAUCUCGAAGCCGAAAAUUCAAGACUCACGCGGGAAGUGCAUACUACGCAGGAAACAAGUACACGGGAAGUUUCCAAUAUAAAGUCUAUGUACGAGCAAGAAUUGUCCGAUACUAGAAAGUUAUUGGACGAUACCGCAAAGGAACGCGCCAAACUCGAGAUAGAUACCAAACGAUUGUGGGAUACUAGCGAGGAAUUUAAAAAUAAAUUGGAAAAGAAGACAAAGGAUUUGCAAAUAGCCGAAAGGAAUUUGAGUUUAUGCGAGGCUAGAAUCAGCGAUUUGACAUCUCAAUUAACUCAAAGUCAAACCGAACGUAAGAAAAUUACGGAUAAGGAUAGAGAAUUGGAAAAGGAAAACGAACGUUUGAACGCGGCAUUGAACGAUACUCGCCAUCAUCUCGAGGAAGAAACAUUACAACGUAUCGAUCUUGAAAAUCAUAUUCAAAGUCUUAAAGAGGAUAUUAGCUUUAAAGAUCAGGUUUAUCAGCAGGAGCUUACUGAAACGCGUACGAGGCGACAGGUUGAAAUCUCUGAAAUUGAUGGAAGAUUGGCCGAACAAUAUGAAGCAAAAUUACAACAGUCAUUGCAAGAAUUACGUGAUCAAUAUGAGGCACAGAUGCGUGCCAAUCGUGAGGAGAUUGAAUUAUUAUAUGAGAACAAGAUCAAAAACUUGACUUCUCAUGCUCAACGUAAUAGUGAUGCAGCUAGCUCAGCCAUCGAGGAAUUGAGACAGACUCGAUCUGGAAUUGAUACUCUUAAGCAAAGGAUCAACGAACUUGAGGCUUCUACCAAUGCUUUGAAUUCAAGAAUCCGGGAUUUGGAAAGUCUGCGAGAGAACGAACGUAUUCGAUAUACAGAAAAUAUAGCCGCAUAUGAGGCGGAAUUAGCUCGAAUGAGAGAUGAAAUGGCUCAACAAUUACAAGAAUAUCAAGAUUUAAUGGAUAUAAAGGUUGCUCUUGACUUGGAGAUUGCUGCAUAUCGUAAAUUGUUAGAAUCCGAGGAAGCUAGAUUAAAUAUAACGCCAUCACAAAGUGGUAUCAGUUGCGUGGUACAGAGUAGCAGUAGAAGUACUCCAGCGAGACAAACGCCUCUUAGAGGUGGAAAGAGGAAGCGAACGUUAUUGGAGGAAAGUGAAGAACGUAGUAGUAGUGACUAUAGUAUCAGUGGUACAGCUAGGGGUGAUAUUGAGAUAACAGAAGCUGAUCCUCAAGGCCGAUACGUAAAACUUACUAACAAGGGUAACAAAGAGAUCGGACUUAGUGGUUGGCAAAUUCUUCGCAAAGCUGGAACAUUAGAAACACUUUUUAAAUUCCAUCGAACUGCAAAAUUAGAUGCUGGUGGAAGUGUAACUGUAUGGUCGGCCGAUAUCGGUGCAACGCACGAGCCACCGUCCAAUAUCGUUAUGAAGGGUCAAAAAUGGUUCAUUGCCGAAAAUAUGACUACAGUUUUGUUAAAUAAUGAAUCAGAAGAAAUGGCAACGUCUGAAAGAAAAAGACAACAAUUGUCCACAUCUGUAUCGCGACAUAGAGAAAGUUUAGGAUUCCGACCUGCGGAAGAUCUUUAUCACCAGCAGAGAAGAUAUCUCUACCCAUAUUAAGUGCCUGGGCACAUGAACUCUGAUGGGCAUCUUAUGAUGAUCCACCAAGUCAAGAAAGAUGUCGCCUUAUGUGAACGUAAUGAAUAACAUUUAUUAAAAUAAGCAUCUCUCUUAUGACAAAUGAUUUUCUUCAAAUGCUUAUAUAAAAUAACGAUAUUUUAUGCAGCAAGCAUUAAUCUAAUUAUCAACAAUUAUAUUAUUAACACAUAGACACAGACACAUACAGACAAAAAUAAAUAAUGAAAAAGGAAGUAAGACUACGUCAUAAAUAAUAUAUCACAGGGCUCGAUAAAUUUAUAUGCUGAUGAUUAUAAUAGUUUCAAAUAAACAGGAUAAUAAUAUAAUACAAUACAAAAAUGUAUGUGUCCAUCAGAUUAAAAUGAGGGACAUUGUAUAAUAUAAUGUUCAACAAAUCAAA